GGUUCAAAAAAGAAAGACGAUGAGCUGCGCGGGAAAGCCAUCAAGGUUGUCGAUUUGCUUCAACAUUCUGCUGAGCUAGGAAACAUGGAUGCACUCUACACACUUGCUCAGAUAUCUCUUUUCCCACCAGCACAACAUUUCCCCCCAGAUCCUAAACUGGCCUACGAAGCUCUUGCUACACAUGCAAGUCAAACAGGAAAUGCCACCUCUCAAUCAUAUCUCGCUUUUUUUUAUGCCACAGGUUACCACGGAGUUUUGCCCGUAGAUCAAGGAAAAGCGCAACUUUAUUCCACUUUUGCGGCAAACGGUGGUGACAAAGGUGCACAAAUGGCUCUCGGUUAUCGCUACUGGACUGGCAUCGGUACUUCGGAGAGCUGUGAGCGAGCUGUGGCCUGGUAUGGAAGUGCUGCUGAGCAAGCCAUGGCUAAGUUUCUCUCAGGGCCCCCUGGGGGGCGUACACUGCCCCAGACUGCGACACGACUCUCGGAUCUCGCUGGUGGUAUCUAUGGACCUGGUGCUAGUGUUGCUUCCACAGGCUUGAACACUCAGCGACCCGCGAUCAAAGCCGGUAUCGCACGAGCCGCUGGGGAGACGUGGGAGGAUGUUUUAGAAUAUUACCUUUUCAACGCUGACCGCGGCGAGAUUGAUUUUGCCUACCGUCUUGGGAAAAUAUUCUAUCAAGGAAGCAUAUACGCUUCAGGCGGCGGAAUUGCGUCUGGAAGCGAGGGUGUGGGUGCCAUCCCUCGCAACUACAAGAUCGCGCGUCACUACUUCCUUCUCAUUGCGCGACAAGUCUGGCCACAUGACCCACCUAACGCCAUGCAAGUUAAGGAUGAACACAAGCCAGUUGGAUAUGCUGCGGCGAGUGCGGCGUACCUUGGUCGUAUGUAUCUCCGCAGUGAGGGUGUGAAAGCUGAUCACGCACUGGCGAAACUUUGGUUCGAGCGAGGGGCAGAUCAUGGUGAUCGUGAGUGCCAUAAUGGUCUAGGCAUUAUGUAUCGCGACGGGUUGGUGCCGGGUGGUCGGGCGGACAUGAAAUUAGCCCUCGCUCAUUUCAACGCAGCGGCUGGACAGGAACUUCCAGAGGCGCAAGUGAAUUUGGGAAAAUAUCACUACUAUCGUGGUGAACUCACUCUUGCUACUACAUAUUUCGAAAACGCUGUGAGGAGUGGCUCACCGUUUGAAGCAUACUAUUACUUAGGCGAAAUCCACUCUGCGCAAGCAACCGCUCCUAAUAUGCCUCCACAUGUGGUAUCAAGCUCCUGCGCGAUGGCCGUCUCUUUCUACAAGCUUAUAUCUGAGCGAGGUGUCUGGGACGACGAUUUGUUAAGAGACGCUGAGAUUGCCUGGAUCGCAGGAAGUGACCAAAGCAAAGAAACUGCCAUGUUGAAAUGGUGGAUCGCAGCAGAACGUGGUUUCGAAAUUGCGCAAAACAAUCUGGCGUACGUGUUAGAUCAAGGUUCUAUCCUGCGUCUUACACGCUUUUCGCCUACCGUUCCGUCGAACGACAGCGCACAGCUAGCCCUAACACAAUGGAUUCGUGCUGCAGCCCAACGGAAUGUUGAUGCCCUUGUCAAAGUUGGAGAUUAUUAUUAUCAUGGACUCGGAGCAUCCAGGCUCGAAAAAGCAGCAAGAUAUUAUCAAUCAGCUUCUGAUACUCAGAUGAGCGCUUUAGCUAUGUGGAACCUAGGCUGGAUGUAUGAGAAUGGAGUCGGCGUCCCUCAGGAUUUCCAUCUUGCUAAACGACAUUAUGAUCUAGCGCUGGAAACGAACUCAGAAGCUUAUUUGCCUGUCGUACUUUCUCUGUGGAAGCUCUAUACGAAAAGCAUUUGG